AGUGGUAGAGCGCCUGUGUGGCUACUUUGGCGGUGGGAGUUGGGUCGGGGGACGUUCCGUUUGGGUACUCGAGGCUGCUGUUGCCCCGCGGGGGAGAGCGAGUCCGCCAGGGCAGGAGGGGGCUGGCGGACCUGGGCCGCCGGCUGGGAAGGCAGGGACGAGGAAAGCAGCUAUAGGGAAGUGCAGGAAAGCACCUCCGCCGGCAGAAGGCCGGUAAGUGCUCCAUCCCUUCCUCUCGAGGGUCCCUGGACUGGCCGAGGGGUCGUGCGGAGGAGGAAGGAGGGAGCUCGGCCGUCCUAGCAGGGCAGAGAGAGGCGACCUGUUCGGGAAGGAAGGGGCUCCUUGAGGGGCCGCUUUCAGCGAGGGAGGCGUCGGAGCUUGCUCGGAAGGAAUUCGGGAUCCCAUGGCAGCAGCAGGCGGUGGCCAUGGGGGCCUCCUGAACCCCGUGACGACCCUACGCGAGGAGGCUGUCUGUGCUAUCUGCCUGGACUACUUCGUAGACCCGGUGUCCAUUGGUUGUGGUCACAAUUUCUGCCGUGUCUGCAUCACCCAGCUGUGGGGCUCGGAAGAAAGUCAGGGUGAAGGAGAAGAUGAUGUGGGAGCAUCUGGCUCGGAUGGAGGGUAUGGGCCAGACUCUGAGGGGGCUGUUGAUGACGGAGGGCUAGAUGAAUUGGGACUUGAGGAAGAUGGGGAUGAUGAAGAUGAUGAUGAUCUGGAUGAUGAGUUCUUGGAGGAUGGAGACAUGGGGGAAGAAGGCGAGGACGUGUCCAGGGAUGAGUAUGAUGAUGAAGAUGAUGUGUGGGAUGAGGAAGAUGACAGAGAGUACUGGGACCAGGACCCUGGUUCAGAUGAGAUGUGGGAUGAUGCCAUGGGGAGUGAAUUAUUCUUUGAUAAUUAUGAUGAUGAGGAAGAAGUCAUGGAUGAGGAAGAUGAACCAGAGGAAGAGGUAGAGUAUACUGUGCCGGCAACCCCACCUAAUCCUCCACAGCGCCAUCCUUUUACUUGCCCACAGUGUCGCAAAACUUUCCCCCACCGCAAUUUCCGCCCCAACCUCCAGCUGGCAAAUAUGGUGCAGAUCAUCCAACAGUUGCAUCCGCAGCCCUACAAGUCUGUGACAGCAUCAACUGAGGCUGUCGAAUUAGCUGCAGCAGGGGAGUCCUGUGGAGCACCAUCUGCUUUAGCAGCAGGUCAGACUCCAUGUGUUGAGCGCACCCUGUGUGAGAAACAUCAGGAGCCCCUCAAGCUUUUCUGUGAGACGGAUGAGGAGCCCAUCUGUGUGGUAUGCAGGGAAUCACGAACCCAUAAACACCAUAGUGUUUUGCCCUUGGGAGAAGUUGUGCAAGAAUACAAGGCCAAACUCCAGGGUCACUUGGAUCCUCUCAAGAAGAAACUGGAGACUGUUAUGAAGCAGAAAUCAAGUGAAGAGGAGAAGAUAGCAGAUCUCAAGAACAAGAUGAAGCUGGACAUGAAAGAGUUUGAGUCAGACUUUGAGCGGCUCCACCAGUUCCUCGUUGGGGAGCAGGCGUUGCUGCUGCACCAGCUGGAGGAUCGCUAUGAGGUGCUGCUGGCCAACCAGAGCAGCAACGUCACCCAUCUUGAGGAUCAAGGGGCCGCGCUCAGCCGCCUCAUCGCCGAGGCUGAAGACAAGAGCAAACAGGAUGGCUUGCAGCUGCUCAAGGAUUUCAAAGGCACUUUAGUCAGGUGUGAGAAUAUUAAGUUCCAGGACCCAGAAAUGGUGUCAGUGGAUACAGGAAAGAAAUACCGAAACUACUUCCUUAUAGACGUCUUAAUGAGGAAGAUGGAGAAGGUCUUCUGCAAAGCUCCUCAAGCUGAUUUGACCCUGGACCCAGAGACGGCCCAUCCGCGGCUCACCCUUUCCUCAGACUGCCGCAGCGUCCGGCUGGGAGAGCGCUGGCGGGACCUGCCCGAGAACCCCAAGCGCUUUGACUCCGACUACUGUGUGCUGGCCUUGCAAGGGUUCACCUAUGGCCGCCACUACUGGGAGGUGGAAGUGGGUGGCCGGCGGGGGUGGGCCGUGGGUGCAGCCCGUGAAUCAGCCCGGCGCAAGGAGAGGUCCAGUGGAGGCCCCCACCAGAAGCGGGAGAUCUGGUGCGUGGGGACUAAUGGCAAGAAGUACCAGGCCCUGACCCCCACUGAGCAGACGUCCCUCUCUCCCGCCGAGAAGGUCCGUCGGUUCUGCGUCUACCUGGACUAUGAGCGGGGCCAGCUGGGCUUCUACAACGCAGAGAGCAUGGCCCACAUCCACACCUUCAAUGCCUCAUUCCGUGAGCGCAUCUUCCCUUUCUUCCGCAUCCUCUCCAAGGGGACCCGCAUCAAAAUCUGCAACUGAAACCAGCCCUGGUUUUGCCCUUGCACGUAGCUGGAUUUUCUUCCCCAUGAGGGUCCCACAAGUCCUCUUGUCCCAGUUGAUCAUCUUCAAUGAGAGAUCCCUAAUCCUCAUAACUCUUGGACUUUGGAUUCCCGAUUUCUCUCUCUCUGUGAAAUUAUCCUGGCAGGGAUUCUCCCCUUUUAUGUACCAAUCAUUGCACAGUUGUCUUUGUAUGGUACUUGACCAGAUCUAAUUUUCUUUAUUGGCUCAGAUCCACCCUAACAAGAAUAAUUUAUGCUCCCCCCACUUUUGGCAGUUGACUAAAUCACUCUUUCUCCCUCUGCUUGAGGAUCUUUUGAGUACCUGCCCUUUCUUAAUUCAGAAAGGGUGUGAAUUGAAGCUGAUUCAGCCUGUGGUUCUCUGGCUCUCUGCUUGGUGGGAUCUGUGAUAGCACAGGGACUGGGACAGAGCUGCCCAGGGUUAGUCUUUGACAUUCCAAAGCCACCUGGAUCUUCUUAAGCCAGGCACUUGACCUGCGAGUGCCUGGCUGUCUUCUUUGAAUGUUGAUGCCCAAACAGGAUAAGUGGUCCCAACAUGUCCGUGGAGAAGGAUCCAAUCCAUGCUGUAAAACUUGUUUCUGUCUUUCCCCAAGACUGAUGUUCUUCCUGCAGCCCUCUGAAAACUUCAUGGUGCUGCCUACAUCUGAAUGCAACUUUAUGCAAGCAUCUUACCUGGUUUCCAGAUAGAAGCUUCUUCGGUCACCCCGAUGUCUUUUUUCUGAUCUCCUUUUUGCUCUUUAUUAAUGUCCGAUUUUAAGAAAAUGAUCCAGCCCGCCAGUUCGGUCCCACUGCUUCAUGAAUGUGGUUUGAUGUAAUGUCUCAUCCUGUUUGUCUCUCAUAUCUUGAUGUUGACCCCACCCAUUUUUCCUGGAGCAGGAGAUCUUUAUUAAUACUGUUAAUUAAUGACACAUGCAGAUGCGUCUGUGCUCGUUGGAGGGCCCUGGCUCCAGAGACGAGUGUAACCCCAACCCCAGAGCUGUGGCGAUUGCUCGGCGUCCCCACUGCCCUGCCCACAACCCCUGCUGUAGCUAACUUAUUUUAACUAGCUUCCCCGUCACUCCACAGACUUGCAGUGUGGAAUCCUCUUUGUCCUGCAGACCACUGGAGGCUUUAGUUGUGCCAGCUGUAUAUGUUUUUUCUGAUUCCUUUUGGCAUUACAGAGCUCCUUUUGAACUAUUUUUCGCUAAAAAAGAAAAAAAAAAGACUUAAAAUGGAGAUCUAGUUUUUUGGGAAAUGUUGAGAGAAAUAAAUACAUAAACAAUUGUA